AUGGGAGGAAAGAAAGCUGCUGGAGAGAACUCCAAGAAGGCCGCCGGUAAUGCUCGCAAAGCCGACGCGGCCGCUUCAAAGAAGGCUGCUGAGGAUGCCAAGAGGGCCGCGGAAGAGGACAAGGAAUGGUCAAAGGGUGCCAAGGGCAAUUCCAAGAAGGAAGACGCCGAGGCUAAGAAAGCCGAAGCUGCUCGCAAGAAGGCCGAACGAGAUGCCCAGCUCGCCGAAGAGGAAGCCUCUCAGCCAUCGAAGGGCAAAGGCGCGGGAGCCAAGACCGCACAGAAGAAGACUCGAGGCUUGGAUCUUUCUCAACUCGAUGAUGUGCCAUCGAAGAAGGGAUCGACUCUGAGUGCCUCUGGUAUCGACAACGCACUGGAUGCCCUUUCUCUCACGGCCAAGGAUACAUCGAAGAUCGACCGACACCCCGAGCGACGUUUCAAAGCUGCUUAUGCUGCAUUUGAAGCCCGUCGCCUGCCUGAGAUCGAGCAGGAGAACCCCGGUCUUCGUCGGCAACAGCGUAUUGACCUCUGCCGAAAGGAGUUUGACAAGAGUGAAGAGAACCCUUUCAACCAGGUUCAUGUCGCAGUCAACGCCACCAAGGAAGAGGUUGCUCAGGUCCGAGACCAGGAGCGCCAGAAGACCGAGAAGAGACUUGGAAAAUAA